CACUUGGCAUCCUUGCCUUCACAGAACUAUGAUCAGUAUUAGAAUUUGAGUGGCAGUAGCACGACUACCAUGAUGAGAAUUAGAAGUGUAAUUUUUGGUAAUGUGGUUGAGCUAAUGGCAGGUGACCGGCACAUGAGUAGUCUUUACUAAUAAUUUAUGACUAUAUGCAGCUCUAAUGAGAUAUGGGAUUUUAUUGCCUGGUGGAAUGAAUGCAUCAGUGAUAAAGGGUGGCAAUAUGUUGGUAAAGUUUGUUAGUUGAUAUCAUGAUGGGUUGGGUUCAUAAUAAAGUGUCUUGGGAAUUUGCAAUUUGUGAUUCCUGUUGAUAUUUCGUGUAUAAGUUAUGACAAUGAUACAACUACCUCAUCUGGAAUUUGAGCUGAAUAUAAUUCAUGCCAUCUGAUGAAUAAUAUACUACAUUCUAUAAACGUUGGCGGGACCUGUCAAGGUAGCGUGUGGCUUUGGAGUAGAGAUCAUAUCAGUUAGAAAUGUCUAAAUGUUUAUUGGGAACCUGGGACUCAAUUGAGUGUGCUUUAUGGCGGCAUCAAAAGUGUAUUAUUUAUCUGUUUUUCAUCAUUCAGGUUAUGCUAGAGAGAGACACUGGCCGCCCCCGUGGAUUUGGAUUUGUGACAUUUGCUGAGCCACGCGCUGUGGAGGAUGCCAUCAGAGAGAUGCAUAACCAAGAGUUAGAUGGUCGGGUCAUUUCAGUGAACAAGGCCCAGCCUAAGAUGACUUCAGAUGACACUGCCUAUGGUUAUGGUGGUGGGAACUACUCAUCAGGUGGCAGAGGGGGCUAUCGUGGUAGUGGAGGAGAUGGCACGCCACCCGUAGGGCAUGGUGAUUGCUUCAAGUGUGGGCGUCCAGGACACUGGGCCCGUGAAUGCCCUUCGGCUGGAGGUGGUGGUGGAAGAUUCUCUUCUCGUUCCAGGUUUGGUGGGGGUGGUGGGCGUGGGGAGCGUUUUGGAGGGCCAGACCGCUAUCACGACCGUUACAUGGAUGAUCGUUAUGAUGGAGGCCGUUAUGGGGACCGCGACCGUCUUGACAGGGACAGUAGGUAUGGUGGUGUUCGCGAUCGCUAUGCCAAUGAUCGAUAUCCACCUGCUGGUGAUCGAAUUUAUGGUGAUAGAUAUGCUGUGGGGCCAGAUCGUUACCCUCAAAAUGGAUAUGGCAAGGAAAGAGGGUAUGAUAGGGACGGACCACGGGGUGGCAGCAGCUAUGACCGAUAUGGACCAAGGGGUGGUGGCAGUGACAGAUAUGGCAGUGGUGGACCUGCACGUAACGAGGGGGGUGGUAGUUAUAGGGACAGACCUGGGCCUUACGAUCGUCCCAGCAGGGCCGGACGCCCAUCAUCCUAUGAUGAUCGCUACUAAUGCAUGUUGGUUGCUGUUAUGGCAGUCACUCCUGGUGCAUUUGAAUUGCUAUGGGUAACUUUUAUGGAUGACAGAAUUUUGGCUAUUGUUAUAUGGUUGUGCUUGUGACAUUUUGAUGUGUUCUGGACCGAUGCAAUGAUUUUGUUUUGUUUAUAGGACUCAAAACUUUCUUUUUCAGUAGUAGAAUUCACUCUGGACCGAGCUUGAGUUCUGUUGCUGUAUGAUCCUUCACUGCUGUUACGAGAAUUUGUCAGAAUCUGUUUCUUUCAGGCUUCUCAUGUAGCUGUUACUGGAGAUGUACCAAGCAUUAUGGUGAGUAUUUGUCAGUUGACGAAAA